ACCCAGUUUGUAGGUCAAGGUAAAUAUUCCUGUUCCCUAGAUCGAUACUCCUACUCCAACCCUCCAGAAGUCCACAAUCUUUAACUACUCUGUAGAGUAGAUUGAUUCUUUAAUAAUUCGACACAGCCCUAGUCCCUAGACUCCUAGAGUAGAUUGAUUCCAGCUAGACUCUUUAUUUUUUCCACACAGUCCUAGAUCGAUUCCAUCUCUUAUUAUGUGGGAGACUUCAUGCCGCCGGCGUUCAGGUGGUGCGGCUGUGCCAUGGUGCGGUGGUGAUGCCCUGCAGCCUGCUCGCGCUGCAGUCGCUUGAUCGCUACAGAUCGACUUGCUCGGUUGCACGGAUAACAUGGUUUCCCAAGUUUGCCAACCCACCAAUCAGUUGGAGAACUCGAAUGACGUCACGCAACAACGGAAAUGGAAGGAUUCGACUCAUCAACACAGAUUUCGAUAUAAUAUUUGAGUUGUUUUAUGGUAUUAAUCAUCGGAGACCUCGCAGUGUUACAGUUAACACGGCACUUACAAAACUCAGAGCAAGAGGCGUACCACUAGAUAUUCACUUUCCUAGACAAUUUGGCAAAGUAUGUGGUAGGCAUGCUAGCUUUAAAAGUGAGGUCACUGUUUGCGUAAGGCAGGAAGCUCCUCUCAAGGUGAAGAAGUGGAAAAACAUUGAAAAAGCUUUUCAUGGAACCUCGUCUUCAAUCUGGACUUCGUUGAUGGGGAAGUUCCCUGAGAUCUCACUAGAUGACUAUGAAUGUGUCAUGGCACAAGUUGAGAGGCAGUACAAUAUCAGACGCUACAAUUGUACAGGACCUACCGCACAACAAAAGUGCCCCCAAUUCAUGUUGCACCUGAAGAUUGGCAGUGGUUGAUUGAUAACUUAUGGAGUGAUGAGCAAUUUCAG